GGCACCUGAACGCGAACUUCCAAGUAUCGGCACGUCAGAAACAAAGUUCCGACCCUCAGCACCUCGAACGACUUAGAUUUCCAUCCAAAGAAAUGGCAGAAGCACAAAGCGGCCCUUCUAAUGGUCGUAAACGCAAGUAUCGAUCAGACGGUGUAUCGCCCACCUGGGUAAAACGAACGAUCGAGGGACCAGGAAUCUGGGCAACCUGCGUAAAGGGGAAAGAACAAGGAACGGUUGGCGAGCUCUACGAUCUCUUUGAAUCGCUAGCUGCUGACAUGUGGCCCGUUGAAGGGCAGUCCUCUGCUAAUGAUCGGGAUAACGGCUCAGAGAAUGAAGAAGAUGAUCUAGAAACCCAGAUUGCGAAAGAGGUCGCUGCGUUGAAACGGCCAAAAGUGGAGAGGCGGUUCGCCAACUGCCUGACAAACACCAAUUGUGUCAUCUUCAUGUCAUGUAAACCCCCUGUGGACCCAGUAAAAUUGGUGAUGAAACACGUAGAAAACGUUCAAAAAACGGGCAUCACGAGAACAAAAUACACGCAUCGGUUGACACCAGUCUCCGGCACAUGCGUCGCGAACCUUCCAGAGCUCCACUCCUUAUGUCAUCGAACCGUUGCUGCGUACUGCGCCCCGGAGAAUCAGAAUAGCGGGGGGUCCCCGAGGGCUCGCAAGUACAAGAUCGAGUUGCGCAUGCGCAACCACAAUACGCUGACGCGAAUGGAGAUCAUCCAAGAAGUAGCUAAAUGCAUGCCGUCAAAUUAUACUGUCGACCUCGACGACCCUGAUGUGUUCGUUCUAGUGGAAGUCUUCAAGAGCACCGUUGGCGUGAGUAUUGUUGAAGAUUAUUAUCGAUAUCAGAAAUUCAACGUUAUGGAAUUGGCGAAUGCGCAUAAUGAACCGGAAAGAUUCGAGAAAGGGGCAGGGCGCGUACGAGAUAAGAAGCAAGAAGAUAAUGGAGCUGUCAAUGUGUAGGUGAUGGCCGUAGCGAUACACGGAAGAUCACUAUCUAGUGAGGCUGUCCGACAGCUGAUCAUGAUCAUGGGACUUGGUAUUUAUCCUGGGCCACUACAAUUUAUUCUAGUUUGUGAGAUCCGACCCUUUAUCUUAGGGCAAACGACUUUGAUAUCAACCUUCCAAUUGUCAAGUCGCAACUACAGUUUGGCCACAUUAGACUAUUCUAUAUUUAUAACCAAGAGCACCUAACCAUGUUAAAGCAGUUCGAUCUUCCUCCAAGAAUAAACUGUGGAAGCUAUCCAUCGAACAAGGCGUGCGGUA